GCUAACUUGAAGUCACAUUAGCUGGACUGGUGGUUGAAGGCAAUGAAGCUUCUGGUUCUCCUCGCUCUCUGUGGAAGUGCAGCUGGAGCUGUCCUGAAGGAUGACGACAGGAUAGUUGGCGGGUACGAGUGUCCAAGAAACUCAGUGCCUUACCAAGUGUCUCUCUUCACGGGAUACAACUUCUGUGGAGGGAUUCUCCUGUCCCCAGAGUGGGUGCUCUCUGCUGCCCAUUGCAGAACAAAAUCCAAUGUGGAGGUCCGGCUGGGUGAGCAUGACAUUUGGGAGCUGGAGGGCCCUGAACAGCACAUCAUGUCUGCAAAAUUCAUCCGCCACCCUGACUACAAUCCCAGCACACAGGACAGUGACAUCAUGCUCAUCAAGCUGAGUCGACCCGCUUCUCUGAACAGCUUCGUGCGACCAGCGACGCUCCCUUCUAAAUGUGCCACUGAUGGAACCAUGUGCCAUGUUUCUGGUUGGGGGAGCCUUCGCCCCAGUGAUGAAGGCUCGAGGUAUCCUCAUACGCUGCAGUGCCUGGAUGUUCCUCUUCUGAGUGAUGAUGCAUGCUUUAAUGCAUAUCCUUUCCAAAUCACUGACAACAUGAUCUGCGCCGGUUAUCUGGAGGGAGGCAAGGACUCCUGUCAGGGUGAUUCCGGGGGUCCAAUGACAUGUAACGGCGUGCUCCAAGGAGUUGUGUCAUGGGGGAAAGGCUGUGCGCUAAGAAACAAGCCCGGCGUAUAUACUAAAUUGUGCAAUUACGUCACAUGGAUCCAGAAGACAAUGAUAACAGGCUAGACUUAUAAAAGUGGUGCGAGAACAUUUUGAAGUGUCAUUGUGGUCCAUCAGUGUGGCAACAUACAGCAUGUGAGUGCAGGCUAAAAAUAAAUCACAUGAGAACCUG